AUGUCUUCCGACACCGCAGCUCCUCUUGUUGAGCAGGAGUUUCGGCGGCUCGACCUCGAGAUGACAGAACAUCAUCAAGCAGACCUGGACAGCAUCCAGGACGCCAACCCCGGACCACACAACGAGGAGCAGAUUGCACAAGAGCUGGGGGAUACCUUCUACAACAGCAUCAUUUCAUACAAGACGGCCGCCUCCCACGCACUCGGAGAGCGCUCUGCUAAUCCCUCCUUGUCGCAAGAAGCGCUCGAUGAGAUCUGGCAUGAGUACACCCAAGCGAUCGGCAACAUCGAGAAGUGCGCGGUCCGUCUGGCAUUCUGUGAUGCAGCUCUCACUGGCGAGUCGAAGGAGCGCUUGGUCGACAAGCACGUCAACUACCAGUACGCAGAAGCCAAAAUUCAGAUGGCGAAUAUGCUUGUUGACGAACUCAACCUGCCGUAUCGAGUCAUGCGUGCGCGAGCGGAGAACCCAGUGCAUGCUACCCUGGUGGAUGGUCAUCGUGUUGCUCGGCAACGCAGUGCAGAGCAGUGGCACAGGAAGUUGGAAAACGCCCAGAGCAACGAGGAUGAUGAGGAGCUGGACGAGGAGAAGGUCAAUCAACUUUCGGACGACUGGGACGAGGACAUCGGACACUUGAAAGAGAGGGAGUCGGUCAUCGAGACGGUUGUGGGAGAGCAGUUCCUCAGCGACUUGUGGAUGUGCCAUGCAGAGUACAUCGGCAUCAAGAUCAUGGAAGAGGACAUAGAACAGGCGCUCUACGACCUCCGUAUGGAGUGGUUCCCCGAGGAGUUCGACGAGGAAGACCAAGAGUUCCACGAAGACUGGAUGAGCGAGGAAGAAGACGAUGGCGUCGACGUCACUUGGCUACCUCGAGACUUCAAGGAACUGCGAGACCAGAUGUCGUCGCCCACCAACAUCACUGUGGACGUCGCUCAGCUCUCCAACGUCGAGGAGCCCACCAUCUUUCAAACCCAGCUCCUGGACAACGAGUGUUCGGUGUGCCUGCUGGAGUUCAAGGAGCCGACGGAGUUGGUUCGCUGUCAUCAUCUCUUCUGCUUCAAGUGCAUCGUCCCUUGUGUCGACGCGUAUAAGAAGUGUCCGAAGUGCCGUGGACCUGCGGACUUGCAUGACUUGAAGAUUUACAAGAUCAACCGUGUGGGCCUGAAGGGAGCUGAGGGAGGAGAUGGCGACUCGAAGACCGAAGAUGGUGAAGCAGUCAAGAAGGACGCGGAGCAUGCUGACGAGCACGCGAAGGCCCCUGGCACCAACGUGGUGGAAGAGAUAUCAGACGUGGUGUGA